AUCUUCCUUUAUUUUUAGGUUCUCAUCACCACCACCUUAACCCUUUGAUCCCUCUCUUCUUUCUUUCUUGCUUUCUCUCUUUUUCUUUCUCUCUUCUAUCUUCAACUCAACCACAAACAAAAAAACACACACUAUCUUUCUUUAACUUGUUGAUGUGAUUCUCUUCACUAUUCUCUAUCCCUAAAAACUCAUCAACCUUUACAAAAAGAGAAAGCUCCAAGAAGAAGAAUAACCAUGGUUUAUACUUCUCUCCCACCAUAUAUGGAUCCAACCAAUUGGCAUCAACAGCAACAAAAUCAUCAUCAAGUGGCUAACACUAGUGUCAACACUCCUUUUCUAAUUCCGCCGCCACAACCUCAACCAUCGAACCUGACACCUUCGCAACCUCAUGGAAGCUCGAUCAGGCCGGGUUCGAUGGCUGAUAGGGCUAGGAUGGCGAACAUACCUAUGCAAGAACCGUCACAAAAAUGUCCAAGAUGUGAUUCAACCAACACAAAAUUUUGCUACUUCAACAACUACAGUCUCUCACAGCCUCGCCACUUCUGCAAGACAUGUAGAAGGUAUUGGACACGAGGCGGCGCGCUUAGAAGUGUCCCGGUCGGGGGUGGUUGUCGGAGAAACAAAAGAACUAAGUCAAGCAGUAACAACACCUCCAAGUCACCGGUUAGCUCCGAUCGUCAAACUAGCUCGGCGAACAACUCUCCUGCAGUACUCAGCUCCCAGACGCCACCGCCGAUGAGAUUCAUGCCUCCUUUACAUCAACUCGGCGAUCAUCACCUCGGCGAAAUAGGUCUAAACUAUAAUUUUCCUAGUCAAAUGGGAGGUGUGGGAGACUUGAAUUUCCAUAUUGGAAGCUCCUUAGGUAACGGAAGUCUCGGUGGUGGUGGUCGAAGUGGUGGUUCUGCUUCGAUUUUACCUACCGGAAACUUCGAGCAAUGGAGAAUGCCUCAAACUCAUCAAUUUCCAUUCUUAACAAGCUUAGAAGCUUCUUCUUCUCAUGGAUUGUUGUAUCCAUUUGGUGGUAAUGAUCAAGAACAUGCAUAUGGUGGUGUCUCUAAGGUAUUAACAUCUUCAAAUGUGAAAAUGGAAGAGAAUCAAUCUAAACAAUUCUUGGGAAUGAUCAAUAGUAACAACAACAACAACAUUAACAACAACAAUAAUAAUAAUCCUAAUAGUGAACAAUAUUGGAGUGCUUCUAAUGGUGGUGCUACUUCAGCUUGGAAUGAUCUUUCAUCACCUUUUAACUCUUCUUCAGCUACUACAAAUUCCAACUAUAGAACUUAAUUUUACUAUGCUUUCUUUUGAAAAUUUAAGUUUUUUUAUUCUUCUCUUUUAUUAACCUCUCCAAAAACAAAGUUUCAUAUCCACAUAUGGUUUAGUACUUUGAUUUCUUGUAAGAUAGAAUGAAAACCCUAGGGAUGUUUGUUUGUUA